UCCACGGCUACCGACAGCAGCUACUACACCAACCAGCAGCACCCGACGGGCGGCGGCGGCGGCGGCGGCGGGGGCUCGCCCUACCCGAACAUGGGUUCCUACCAGUACCACGCCAGCGGCCUGAGCAACGUCCCUUAUUCCGCCAAGAGUGGCUACGACCUGGGAUACACCGCCUACACCUCUUACGCGCCCUAUGGGACAAGUUCGUCCCCGGCCAACAACGAACCUGAGAAAGAGGACCUCGAGCCUGAAAUUCGGAUCGUGAACGGGAAGCCAAAGAAAGUCCGGAAACCCCGCACCAUCUACUCCAGCUUCCAGCUGGCGGCUCUUCAGCGGCGUUUCCAAAAGACUCAGUACCUGGCGCUGCCCGAGCGAGCGGAGCUGGCCGCGUCCCUGGGCCUCACGCAGACCCAGGUCAAAAUCUGGUUCCAGAACCGCCGGUCCAAGUUCAAGAAGAUGUGGAAAAGCGGUGAGAUCCCCUCGGAGCAGCACCCUGGGGCCAGCGCCUCGCCUCCCACUCCCGUCCUAAGUGCUCCCCAGAGCAUGGACGCACACCCCUCCCGCUGCGCCGAAUUCCUGCGGCUGGCGGGCAGGGGAGUGCAGAGAAGAAAGGGGGCGAUUCCUGGGCCUAAUCAGAGCGGCUGCAAUGUGGGACCGUUUAGGAAGUUUCCCCUCAGCCUCCUUUCAGGAUUACUUGUGAAAAUUGUGAAUAUCCGUCCUGUGUAA